ACUCAUCUUAUUGUGAAGCGAACCAAUGAGCAGUUACUACCGUCAAUAGUGGAUCGAUCCAAUGAACUAUCCCAACUGUCUUUUAGCUUAUUGUGGAGCGAACCAAUGAGCAGUCACCAAUAGUGAAUUGAUCCAACACCGCAGCAUUAUCUCCAAUCAGAGGCCAACAAAGAAAUGAUUGUGUUUCAGAGAGGUCCUUGUUGUCAUGCCAGAUUCUGAUAAGUAAACGGACACCAGAGAACCCUAUUAAAGUCAAUGGGACUUGUAGGAGUCUGUGACGGAGGACCCAAAUGAAGGUUCUAACACAUGUGAACAAAAAGGACUAUAAAGAAUGUUCACCCUUUCAGAAGUUGCAUCGCUUAAUGACAUCCAGCCCACGUACCGGAUUCUGAAGCCAUGGUGGGACGUGUUCAUGGACUACUUGGCGGUGGUUAUGCUCAUGGUCGCCAUCUUUGCCGGCACCAUGCAGCUAACCAAAGAUCAGGUCGUUUGUUUACCAAAGUUAGAAUCCGCCAUAUGUUUAACUCCAGCAAACCGAGAAGGACAGAGCAAUCCGCAAGGCUCCUCGAAAUAUGAAGAAACAAUCACUACUACAGAGGCUAGUAAAGAAUGGCUAAGUACCUCACCGGAAGUUGAGCAUCGGAGACCACACAUGGACGCUUUGGUCAAUCCGACUCCUUUGAGCAACUCUGGGGGGAGAAAAACCAACCUGGAUUAUCAACAGUAUAUAUUCAUCAACCAAAUGUGUUAUCACGUGGCGCUUCCGUGGUAUUCCAAAUAUUUCCCGUAUCUUGCACUCAUACAUACGAUCAUAUUAAUGGUCAGCAGCAACUUCUGGUUCAAAUAUCCAAAGACCUGCUCGAAAAUUGAACAUUUUGUUUCCAUACUCGGCAAGUGUUUCGAAUCCCCUUGGACGACCAAAGCUUUGUCCGAGACGGCGUGCGAGGACUCGGAGGAAAAUAAACAGAGGUUAACCGGGGCUCAGUCGUUCCGGAAGCAUCUGUCAAAUAGCAGUGAAGAGGGAAGUCCAAACCCCAGCACUCCAAUGAUCAGCAAAUCUGGGUUAAAGUUCUCGGCAGACAAGCCGGUAGGCGAGGUGCCCGGAAUGACCAUCUUGGACAAAAAGGACGGUGAGCAGGCAAAAGCACUUUUUGAGAAAGUUCGGAAGUUUCGCGCCCACGUCGAAGACAGUGAUUUAAUUUAUAAACUUUAUGUGGUUCAGACUGUGGUGAAGACGGUGAAGUUUAUUUUUAUCCUUUGUUAUACCUUGACUUUUGUUACCGCGAUUAGUUUCAAGCACGUCUGUGAGCCCAACGUGGAGCACCUUACGGGAUACACCAUGUUCGAGUGCACUCACAACAUGGCUUUUAUGUUGAAGAAGCUGCUCAUAAGCUACAUCGCCCUCAUCUGUGUCUAUGGCCUGGUCUGUAUGUACACCUUGUUCUGGCUCUUCAGACGACCCUUGAAGGAAUAUUCUUUCGAGAAGGUGAGAGAGGAGAGUAGCUUCAGUGACAUUCCCGACGUUAAAAACGACUUUGCGUUUCUUUUACACAUGGUGGACCAAUAUGAUCAGUUGUACUCCAAACGUUUCGGCGUCUUCUUAUCCGAGGUGAGCGAAAACAAACUGCGCGAGAUUAGUUUGAACCACGAAUGGACCUUCGAAAAGCUACGGCAGCACAUUUCCCGAAACGCGCAGGACAAACAGGAGCUGCACCUGUUCAUGCUCUCUGGGGUUCCCGAUGCCGUAUUCGACCUCACCGAUCUGGAGGUUUUGAGACUUGAACUUAUUCCGGAGGCUAAAAUCCCUGCGAAGAUUUCUCAAAUGACUGCUCUUCAGGAGCUGCACCUUUACCACUGUCCUGCAAAGGUCGAGCAGACCGCAUUUAGCUUUCUACGAGACAACUUGAAGUGCCUGCAUGUGAAAUUUACAGACGUGGCCGAAAUACCAGCCUGGGUCUAUUUGCUGAAAAAUCUACGGGAGCUAUACCUGAUGGGUAAUUUAAACUCUGAGAACAAUAAAAUGAUCGGACUGGAGUCUUUGAGAGAACUCCGGCAUCUGAAGGUUCUCUACGUGAAGAGCAAUUUGACCAAAAUCCCAUCGAAUAUCACGGACGUGGCUCCUCAUCUCACCAGGCUUGUCAUUCACAAUGAUGGCACCAAGCUUGUUGUCCUCAAUAGCCUUAAAAAGAUGAUGAACGUAGCAGAGCUGGAGCUCCACAAUUGCGAAUUGGAGAGGAUUCCGCACGCCAUAUUCAGUCUCAGCAACCUGCAAGAGCUGGAUCUCAAGCUGAACAGCAUCCGCACCAUAGAAGAGGUGAUAAGUUUCCAGCACUUGAAGAGGUUGACGUGUUUGAAGUUGUGGCACAAUAAGAUAGUCAGCAUCCCUCAGUCUAUUUCUCAAGUCAAGAACCUGGAGUCUCUGUAUUUCUCCAACAACAAACUGGAGACGCUCCCCGUCGCGCUCUUCCACUUGCAGAAACUGCGGCACCUGGAUGUGAGCUAUAAUUGUAUUUCGGCCAUUCCUCUGGAGAUCGGCUUACUCCAGAAUCUCCAGUACUUGCACAUUACAGGGAAUAAAGUGGACAUCUUGCCAAAGACGCUGUUUAAAUGCAUCAAACUAAGAACUUUGUGCUUGGGCCAGAACUGCAUCACGUCGUUGCCGGAGAAGAUCGGCCAUCUAGUACAACUCACGCAUCUAGAGUUAAAGGGAAAUUGCCUGGACCGCUUGCCUUCACAAAUCAUACAAUGCCGUCUCCUCAAGAAGAGCGGGCUGGUGGUGGAGGACCAUCUGUUCGAUGCUUUACCGUCGGAGGUGAAGGAGGCGUUAAACCUGGAUACAAACGUACCUUUUGCUAACGGGAUGUAAACGUGCAGGCGACCUACACAGCAAAUAUUUCGACAAGUUUUUUUGUUUUUUUUUAUUUAGACAUAAAGUGUUAGGUUAAAAAAUAAAAAAAUAAAAGAAAGGCGAAACUACUUUUCCUCAACAAAAGCAAUGUCUUACGAACAGUCCGUUCACUCUCCAUCGUUCAGUAGCCAAGCAAAUAAUUGUCUUAAAAAUGCAGGUAUAUUCACAUAUUUCAAUCAGUUUAUACAUUUUGCAGAUAUUAGAGAAUAAAAAUGUUUUUUGUUUUUUUUUUGUUUUUGUUUUUUUUUCUGAUUAUGAUUUGAAGAUAUUCCUAUCUGGCUGUUUACAAAUGACAUGUUAUGGCCCACGUGUUUAUAGAGCAGAUGCUUAUUAAAUUUUGGUUAUAAUAGUUUUGUUUUCUUGCGU